AUGAUGUCGAUGAACAGCAAGCAGCCUUUCAGUAUGCACCCCAUCCUGCAUGAACCCAAGUACACUCCUCUGCACUCCAGCUCGGAGGCGAUCCGCAGGGCCUGCCUGCCCACCCCAUCGCUCCAGGGGAACAUCUUUGCAGGCUUCGAUGAGACUCUUCUGCAGAGGGCCGAGGCUCUGGCCGCCGUGGACAUCGUGGCCCAGAAGAACCACCUCAAACCCGACGCCACCUACCACACCAUGACCACCAUGACCAGCAUGGCCUGCACCCCCACCUCCUCCUCUGCUCACCUGCACCACCCAUCCGUGCUCACCUCCCACCACCACCCUGGGCACCACCAGUCGGCCCAGGGUCUGGAUGGAGACCUUCUGGACCAUCUCACACCAGGCAUCUCCUUGGGAGGCAUGGCCGGCUCGGACGUCUGCUCCUCGGCCUCCCACAACGUCCACGCAGCCCACAUGUCCGCCAUCAACCACAUGCAGCACCAUCACCACCACCACCAGCAGUCCAUGAACAUGCACCAACAUGCGCUCUCCCACGCCUCCCUUGGGGGUGGAGGUCUGGACUCGGAGCCAGAUCCUCGGGAGCUGGAGUCGUUCGCAGAGAGGUUCAAGCAGAGGAGGAUCAAGCUCGGGGUGACCCAGGCGGACGUGGGUUCUGCUCUGGCCAACCUGAAGAUCCCCGGGGUGGGCUGCCUGAGCCAGAGCACCAUCUGCAGGUUCGAGUCCCUCACCCUGUCGCACAACAACAUGGUGGCCCUCAAACCCAUCCUGGAGGCCUGGCUGGAGGAGGCAGAACGGGCACAGAGGGAGAAGAUGUCCAAACCGGAGAUCUUCAACGGAGGAGACAAGAAGAGGAAACGGACCUCCAUCGCAGCCCCGGAGAAGCGAUCCCUGGAGGCCUACUUCGCAGUGCAGCCGAGGCCCUCGUCGGAGAAGAUCGCAGCCAUCGCAGAGAAGCUGGACCUGAAGAAGAACGUGGUCCGGGUCUGGUUCUGCAACCAGAGGCAGAAGCAGAAACGAAUGAAGUUUUCUGCGACGCACUGA